GUAAUGUUUUUAAAUAGUUCUAGACUCAUUCCCUCACAGUAUGUUCUUGAAUGAAAACUCAUUCAAUUUUUCUCAGCCGAAGCGAUUAAAAAGACGCUAGUCAACAAAAUGGAGGCAGAAUGUUAACUUACCUUUUUGUUUUGCUAACCUGCUAUGGCUCAUGCUAGCUUUACAACUUUGAUUUAAUAAAACUACUAGUUCUACGAAGUUGUUCUAUGUUGCAGAAGACUUGAGGACCACACGUUGUGCUUUAUAUUCAGCGCUGCAUGAUGCCCCCGUCGGGUAAACGCGCCCUGCGCAGAGAGGAGCUGCAGUUGGAGCUGGCGUGUGAGUGGGGUUCGUGUCAGGAGACGUUUGACAGGAUGCAGGAGUUCUGCCAGCAUGUGGAGAAACAUUAUAAAGCCACAGUGGACAGUGAGACAGAAUUGCCAGAAGAGGAGCAUAACUGUCUGUGGAGAGACUGUGGCUUCUGCUCAGUGGAGGGAAAUGCAGAGCUUCUCAGACACCUGUUCUUCCAUUGCUACCACACCAAGUUGAAGCAGUGGGGUCUUGCUAUACUCAAGGGCCACAGUGACAUGGGUGCAUGUUCGGUGGGCCUCCAUAACCGCAACAUUGUGCCUGAGGUCCAAGAGAACUUCCUUUGCCUUUGGGAGCACUGUGAGAUGUCUAUGGAUAAUCCAGAGUGGUUCUACAGACAUGUGGAGAUGCAUGCCCACUGUCUUGAGGCUAAUGAAGAGAAUGUGUUGUUCUGUGGCUGGAAAGACUGUGAGGCCUCUUUCAAGGGCAGGUUUAAGUUGCGAGAGCACAUGCGUAGUCACACACAGGAAAAACUGGUGGCAUGUCCGACCUGUGGAGGAAUGUUCGCCAACAACACAAAGUUUUUUGACCACAUUCGACGACAAACCUCUAUAGAAGGUCAAAGAUUUCAAUGUUCUCACUGCUCUAAACGGUUUGCCACUGAGAGGCUGCUGAGAGACCAUAUGAGGAACCAUGUCAACCAUUAUAAAUGUCCACUUUGUGAUAUGACCUGUCCAUCACCAUCCUCGCUGAGAAACCACAUCAAAUUUCGUCAUUCCAACGAGAAGCCUUACAGCUGUGACUACUGCGAGUACAGCUGUAAAAACCUGAUAGACCUGCGAAAGCAUUUAGACACACACAGCAGUGAGCCAGCGUAUCGAUGUGACUUCGCUGAUUGUGACUACUCCACCCGCUCGCUUUACUCAAUCAAGAACCACUACAAACGUGUUCAUGAGGGAGAUUACACUCCUCGAUACAAGUGUCAUGUAUGUGAGCAGUGCUUCACCCGGGGGAACAACCUCACCGCACACUUACGCAAGAAACAUCAGUUCAAAUGGCCUUCAGGACACCCGAGAUUUAGGUAUAAAGAGCAUGAAGAUGGGUUUAUGCGCCUGCAGCUGAUCCGCUAUGAGAGCGUCGAGCUAACAGAGCAGCUGAUGCGGGAGCGGCAGGGCGAGGGGGACAGCAGUGAGUCCAGCCAGCAGAACGUCCAGCCUGGUGAAGAACUGGAGGAAACGGUGCCCAUCGGCAUUAUGGGUGGAAAUAUAGAGGCAGUAAUAAGAAAGGACGGAGUUGAUGUCUGUAGGACACAGGAAAAUACAGAAAGUGUGUUCUUGGUAUUGACAUCCGGCACCUCCUCAGAAACGGACUCUACAAGGGAGGGGGCCGUAAUGCGUCAGUUACAGGACACUGCCCAGCACCUGGGCAUGGAGGUGGUUUAACUGCACCUCUGAUUACUGGAACGCCCUGAGACUGCUGUAUCAGACAAUAGAAAGGUACAUUAGGACAUUCCAAUUAACUCUGUUACAAAACGUACUAUGAGACUAACAGGGGACCAAAACAGGAAUAGAGUGUGUUUGAGGAUUCAGUCAUCAAAAACCUCUUGAACACCGCACUGAACAGAACAGAUCAAGCUGUAUCACAAGUGAGUUUGUGCUUGUGAGGAUGUGCUUAAACAGAUAGUUUGCUCAAAAAAGUACAGUUGUUGUAAUAGUUUACUCACCCUCAUGUCUUUCUUACCCCAUGUUGUUUUGUCACAAAAUGACAUGUCAAGUAGAGUGUGAGUUGACUUUUUUCAAUCAAGAAAAAUGAAUCAUUUAUACUCUGUAAAAAGUUUUUACUAGUUUCAACUUAAGAACUUAAGUUUAGCAGCUGCCUUAAAAUUUUAAGUUAGAUCAACUUAAAAGUGCAAGUCAUUUAAACUUAUUUUAUUGUAGUGAGUUGAAAUGACUUGUACUUUUAAGUUGAUUUAACUUAAAAUUUUAAGGCAGCUGCCGAACUAAAGUUUUUAAGUUGAAACUGGAGACGAUUUUUACAGUAUACCGCCAAGCUCUAAAAUGGACAAAAAACACCAUGAAAGUAUAUUAAAUGUUUAUAUAAGUGUUUUUUUUCUCCGUUUGGAGCUUGGAAAAAUAAGACUGUUUCCUUGUAGGGAAAACACACAUGCACACACCUUCAAGAUCUCUUAUUGUGUUUCUUAAAAGAAGGACACUGCAGGGUUGGAACAAUAUAAUUAAAUGAUGCAAUUUUUUAUGGGCUGAACUAUCCCUUUAAAUUUGACUGUUUGUGUAUGAGUGAGUGAGCGAGAGAGAGAGAGAAUGGAAAUGUUUAAUCCUACUGAACAGUUUAAUCAGCUUUCUUUGACUCUCCAGGUAAGGAAGAUGGACAGAUCUCUGUGGAGAACUCUUUACAGUUUAUAGUUUUACACAGUGUGCUUCGUUUUAAGGUUGAAUUGGAAGUACUUCUGAACUCUAAACUGACUACCAUUCCUGUUUAAUUUAUUUUUCAUCUUUUUUUAUUGAGAUCAGUUCUGUUGUGCAGAAAGACCCAUUCUGGCAGAAACUUCCAGUUCCUUAGUAAAAAGUAGUUCAAAUUAAUAUUUGUUUAUUUUUUAAAGUAGGUUUGUUUUUUUAAUAAGAUACACCUUUUUGUUAGGACUUGUAUUUGCCAUUGAAUCGUCAUAACCUAAUUUAGAAGAAAGAAUUCAUUUAGGGGAAACUGACUAUAUUAAAUGACAAAUUUAUUUUAAAUAAACAAUGGCAGUUAU